CUUUUGUUUAUCCAUUUACCCAGAGUGGACUUCGAGAGAAAGCAGAGAGUGUUUCACUCUGGUGCACUGAUAAGAAGCUGCAUAUCUUAUGAAACUAUUACAAAUCAGAAAAUGGCUGAAAGAGCAGACCAGACCGCAGUGAAAGCUCUCAAAGCUUUUGUCGGAAGUGGAAAAGCUCUGCUGGACCUCGCCGAGAAGGAGAGCAAAGAAGGCUCUCUCCAGGAAUUCAUCAGGCAGAAAAUCCGCAUAGAGCAAAGACAGUCACUGCUGGGUCUGAUUGAAGCUGCUGCAGCUUUGUACAGAAGUUUGUCUGUUCAGAGGAAAAAGGAUGCAGAGAACCUCUGGAGACAAAACAAUCACUGUGCUGCUUUGCAGGAAGCUGUGCGGGACUUUGAGCAACUAGAAGUGCAGUGGGAUGCAUUUCUGCAACGUUUGGAUGAUGAGUUACAACUGAGUGCUAAAAUACUGGACAGGGAACAUCAGCCAAGAUGUAUUUCACCAGAUAUAUCUCUCAUCGAUGCCAGAACAGGAGGAACAGCGACAUUGGGGAAAUAUCUUGGGAAAGGUAAAAAGAUCCUGCUGGUGUUAAUCCGCCAGUUCUCCUGCCUCCUCUGUCGUCUGCACCUCAAAGAUCUGGAGAAGAAUCAGAGGUCCCUGGAUGCAAACUCAGUUGAAGUGGUGGUGGUUUCAUUUGGCUGUCAGGAGGGAGCCUCACACUGGCUGCAGGAGACUAACUGUCCGUACGACAUGCUGUUGGACCGCGAUAGGAAGAUGUACGCUGCAUUUGGCCUGGGAGCAUCUCUGAUGAAAGUAUUAAACUUCAGUAACAUGCUGCUCUAUGCUGAAUACGUGGUGGAUAAUAUGGAGUUUCCCAGAGGGCUUCAAUCGAUUCAAGACGACAUGUUUCAGCUGGGAGGAGACUUUGUUUUGGACGAACGUGGGAAGGUGCUGUUCUCUCACUGCUGUCAGAGUCCCAUAGACAGACCCUCAGUGGAGGACAUUUUAUCUGCACAGUGAAGAUCAAACUCCCUCAUGAACAACACAAGUUAAUAAAAGGAGAACAGAAACUUGUGACUGCUAAGUCAGGCUGUAAACUGAUAAAUAUUGUGACAGUUUUAAGGUUUUUGACUUGCUAAGAAAUAAAAUAUGAUAAAUAUAAUCAAUUAAAUGUUACUGUCUC